CCGAGAGUUAUCACAGCUUGCUGUACCAUUGAAACCUCUGGUUGUUCCUAAAACCCAUAUGCUAAGCCCAUAGCACCAGAAUUUCCAACAAGAUGGCUUUGGAUAUUCUCCUCUCAUGGUCAACAACCCAGCCAUUUACAAUCCCAGCCACAUUGUUGUUUUUCUUUUUCCUUCUUUUCUGGUCACUCAAGAAAAGAAGUCAUACUAACACACCGCCACCGGAAGCUAGCGGUGCAUGGCCUCUGAUCGGCCACCUCCCCCUCUUAGGUGGCUCCCAACCACCUCACAUCACGCUAGGUAACAUAGCUGAUAAAUAUGGACCCAUCUUCACCUUGCGUUUAGGUGUUCACCGCACUCUUGUUGUGAGCAACUGGGAAAUGGCCAAAGAGUGUUUCACUGUAAACGACAAAGCGUUUGCUACUCGUCCCAAAACUUUAGCCAAUGAAAUUGUGGCUAAAAACUUCUUUGGUUUCGUACCCUACGGUUCAUAUUGGCGUGACGUGAAAAAGAUAGCCACAGUGGAGGUUCUUUCCGCCAAACGCACGGAGAUGCUGAAGCAUGUGAUGGAAUCGGAGGUGAAGGCAGCAAUGAAAGAUAGCUAUGAUUCUUGGGAAAAGAUGAAGGAGAGUGGUACUGAAAAAGUGGUGGUUACUGAGAUGGAGAAAUGGUUUGCGGACAUAACACUGAAUGUGGUGUUCAGAACGGUGUUAGGAAAACGCUUAGUUGAAAGAAUGGGUAGUGAUGGGAAUGAGGAAGAGAACAAAAAGAUUCGGGGGAUAGUUAGGGAAUUCUUUCGUCUCAUGGGGUUAUUCACUGUUUCUGAUGCUCUACCAUAUUUAAGAUGGUUGGAUUUGGAUGGUGAGGAGAAUAAAAUGAAAAAAACAUCUAAAGAAUUAGAUGACUUUGCUACGGUUUGGCUUGAGCAACACAAACAAAAGAGAAAGAAUAAUGGUUCAGGGGAAUGGAAAAAGGGUGAAUAUGACUUUAUGGAUGUGUUUCUAUCCAUCGUUGAUGAUGAAGGUUUCCAUGGUCAUGAUGGUGAUUCCAUAAUAAAAGCGACAUGUCUGCAACUAAUUGUGGCCGGCACUGACACUACGACGUCAACAUUAACUUGGGCUCUCUCUUUACUUCUCAACAAUCGUGAAGCCUUAAAGAAGGCAACACAUGAGUUAGACACACAAAUGGGAGGAAGAACUAAGAUAAUGGAAUCAGACUUUGAGAAAUUGGUGUAUCUUCAAGCCAUUAUUAAGGAAACAUUGCGCUUAUACCCAGUCGCACCAUUAAAUGUGACUCACAUGUCUAUGGAAGAUUGUGUUGUGGGUGGAUACCAUGUGCCCGCUGGCACAUCUCUCGUGACUAACAUUUCAAAAAUUCAACGGGAUCCUUCAAUAUAUUCUGAUCCAAUGGAGUUUCGUCCAGAGAGAUACCUCACAACCCAUAAAGACCUUGAUAUGAAGGGAAAAAAUUUUGAGCUCAUUCCAUUUGGUGCAGGCAGAAGAAUAUGUCCUGGAAUCUCUUACGCUCUUCAACUGAUUCAAAUGACACUUGCUACAUUAUUGCAUGGGUUUGAUAUAGUGACUGUUGAUGGAGGACCAGUUGAUAUGGUUGAAGUGUCCGGGUUAACCAACAGCAAAGCUUCUCCACUCAAAGUCAUUCUUACACCACGCCAAUCUACCCAAGUUUACACUCAAAAUUGAAAAAAAAAAAUUAUGUGGAUAGUUCUUUCCCUACCUCAAUUAUCUCUUUCUCGGUGGUUGUGCCUGGUUGUUCUCAGCUGAUCUUGGUAGUUUCCCCCAUCUAUUUGUUCUAGGCGUGGCUGCAUCACGUUGGUACUGUUAAGCUUGUGGUUGAUGUGUCCCUUUAUGUUACUUCUUUGCUGUUGUUUGUUGAUGUUUUUUUUCGCCCUGUUGUUUUUAGAUGCUUCAAUUCCUUUAUUUUUCUUUGUUGUGUCUUGGGCUGUUGUAUCCUUUAGUGUUGUUUUUGUUUUUCUGUGGGCUACUUGGAUUAGCCUUGUACUCGAGCGAAUAAAACAUUAUUGAUCGAUGAUCUACAUGUUGUUCUUCACAAUGCGUAUGAAGAAGUAAUUAUUAAAUAAAAAUGUGUUCUAGUUAUUUGAUAAAG